CAUCCGCGAACAUCGUACCAGGAAACGACAUACUCAUGGUUUAUAAGACUGCAUAUAACAACAACAUUUUUGACCAAAUGCAGGUGUCAAAGUUGACAGUUUGUAGCUUAUAUUUAGGAAAUUAACGAGGUUUGGUUUUCAGGUGAGAUUUACAAAGAACUUUCUGUCGUGUAGUUGGCUUCGAAAAGGACUUGAUGGGAUCUAGAUUCCCGUUGAUGACUGCGGUUCAUAUAGCGGUUUUGGCGUUCCACUAUGGUGCAGACUUGGUAACCGCCUACUGUUAUGUACCAAUGUGCCCACGACCCCAUGUUACAUACCCAGAGAGCAUUGUUGAGGCAGAGGAUUGCUACAAAAAAGCUACAGUCAUCUCGAUCGGGUGUGCUGCUGGAUUCCGGAAAAAUGGCGCCAGUUACUCCGUAAAGUGUGAUGGUCAGUCCGGCGAGUGGAUCCCGGUUGGAUCUUGUAGUAUAGAAUUGUCUUCUUUCAUCUUGGGCACUGUGGCGUUUGUACUGGUCGUACUAUCGGCUGCUUUCUUGAUCUUUACUUUUCGAAGAAAUCGCAGUAGAAGAACUAUGCAGGUGACCAAUGUUUCUCGAAGAGCAGGCCAGAAUGAAAGAACCGAACACGUCGAAUCACGUCGAACAUGUCGAAUCACGAGGGUAGUCAACAUAGGGUACGACCCGCGGGGGCCGUCCAACGACAUUCACCUCGCUGAGAUCCACCCCGACCCACCCUCCCGCAUCCGAGGACUUAUAAAUCCUAAUUGUACAAACAAUCAGCAAGAAUUUAGUUUCACUAGCAGUGACAUGUACGGGCCACCUCCAAAUAGCCAAGUACCUGACGUCACACUUCGAGGCUCAUAGUUAACGGCAGAUACUAGCCUGACCCGAUGGCCGGACCUUGCAGUAUACCUUUGACCGACUGACCUUUGAUCUCGCACUCAUUUCAACCGGAGAUUCGCAGUCGGUUCUCAUGUUAUAUAGGCUAUACAUAACUUGAAUAAUUAGCAUACAUAGCGAGUAUAACUCUACAUGAGCAUUGUGCACUUGUACGCUGCAUGCAGACGGUCAAAAGUACAAACUUAUACAUCACCUCGGAACAAUCAUAACACUCAUAUGGAAAGCUUAAUAUACGUCACAGCACAACCAUCCAAUGAAAUCAUUGUAUUUAAAUGCAAUAAUUAGGCCUGUAAGAACCCGUGUAUUGUCUAAAGGCCGAGUCACACUGCAGCGAUAACGAAACAUAGUUGUGAUUCUGUCAUUAUUUUGGUUUAGUUCUAUCGUCGUGGCCGUCUUGUGGUAAUUGUAUUGUUUGUUUGUUUGGUUUUGUUUGAGGAGUUAGUUUGAGGUGUUUGUUUUUCUGGUUGGGU